AUGUCUGAUGAAAAUAUUAACUCCAAUAAUAUUCAUUCUCGUUCAAUACUACGUCAAGUACGUGACACAUUUGGUAGUAUGGGUCGUAAUCUACAAAUAAAAACAAGAACGCAAUCUCCACCAUUUACAUUAGUCAAUAAUAAACAUACAUCAGUUGAUAAUAUAGAUUUACAAAAUUCUCAUAUAAAAAUUCAUACAAAAAAAUCAACGCCAAUAUCAUUCUCACAUCAUCUAUCAUUAUUUAAUCAAGUUAAAUCACGUGUUAAUAAAAAUCGAAAACAUCAAAAUGCACAAUCAUUAUCCGAUAAUGACGAUGAUAUACGUUCAUCAUUGCCAGUAAUCAUUUCAUCUCCAGAAUCGAAAUCAACAAUUUCAUUUGAUGUUAAUCAAAAUUCUAAUUUAAAUGCAAUUAAUUUAUUACCAUCUGAAUCUCUUAUUAAUACAAAUAUUCCAGAUGAUGAGGAUGAUGAUCCUUUGAAAAUCGAACAAAAUUUUGCUGACGUAUUAAAUUCUGAUGAUGAAGUUCCAGAGUUAUCUCAACAAUCCAAUGAAGUAAAUCGUUCUGGUCGAAUGAAUAUUAAUAAAAUAACUCAACGUGCACGAACAGUCUUAAAUAAAUCUCCUUCAUUAACUUCAAUUGCAACUAAUAUAUCAUUACCAAAUAAUAAUCUUGAAAUUGUUUAUUUUAUUGAACUUUAUAUUGAACAUGGAAAAGAUUUAUCUAUUAAAGAUUUCAAUGGUACGAGUGAUCCUUAUGUUAAAGUUUAUUAUGGUACAGAAGAAAAAUAUGUUACUAAUACAAUCUAUAAAAAUUUAAAUCCAAUAUGGAAUGAAAAAGUUUCAUUCUUUGUACAUGAUUUAAGUGUACCAAUUAAUUUUUAUGUGUUUGAUUAUGAUCGUAUUGGACGUGAUGAAGCAAUGGGUUCGACAAAAAUCGAUCUAUGGAAAUUACCAUUUGAUCAAGAUUAUAAUGCAAUACUUGAUUUACAAAAUGAAAAACGAACUGAUGGAAAAAUAGGUUCACUUAUAAUCAGUAUAAAUAUUACACAAAGAACAACAGAAUUUCGAGAUGAAGUAAUGCGUACAUUGUCAAAAACAUCAAAUGGAAAAGCAUCUUUAACUAGUCGUUUAGGAAGAAAUAAUUCAGUUGUAUUAACACGACGUACUAUUGAUGUGUUUAUAAUUGAAGGAAGAAAUUUAACAACAGCUGGUAAUGCUAAUAAACUUUUUAAUCCAUAUAUUCGUCUUAAAUUUGGAACAAAUAAAAAAAAUCGAACACAAACAAUCAAAUCAACUGUCAAUCCAAAAUGGCAUCAAUCAUUUAUAUAUGAUAUUAUGAUUAAUGAACUUCCACCAUUAGAAUUAACUGUUUUUGAUGAUACAAGUAGUUCGGGUGAUUUUAUUGGAAGAGGUAUUUGUAAUUUGGCUCACUUGGAUGAAGAAAAAACUCAUCGAAUAUCAGUUGAACUUGAAAAUAAUACUGGUAUUAUUGAUUUAUUUGUAACUAUAACUGGUAUAGCACCAAUACAAGAAUUAAUAAACGAUGGUGAAACUUCUUCGAAUGGUUCAAUUGAUGUUAUACAAUCGAAAAUAACAGAUGAAGAAAUUGAAUAUUAUAGUUUCUUUUCGACAUUACGAUCAAUCCUACCAAUACUUGAUGUUGGAAAAGUUGAAAUUAAAAUUUAUCAAGCACGAGAUUUAAGUGCUAAAGAUAUCAAUGGUAAAUCAGAUCCAUUUUGUGUUGUUGAACUGGAUUCAACUCGUUUACGUACACAUACAAUUUAUAAAACACUUGAUCCUGUUUGGAAUAAAUCAUUUAUUAUCCCUGUGCAAGACAUACAUUCCGUGCUUGAAUUAACUAUUUAUGAUGAAGAUAUGAAUAAAACAACGGAAUUCAUUGGAAAAAUAGCUAUUCCAUUACUAGCAAUUCAAAAUGGAGAAAAGAAAUGGAUGACAUUGAAAGAUCGAAAAUGUUGUUUACCUGUGAAAGGUAUUAUUGAAAUUGAAGCAACAUUGAUUUAUUCUAAUUUAAGAGCAAUUGCUCGAACGUUUAAUCCCAGACAAGUUCGAUAUUAUCAACAAGAUGGCAAAUUUCGUGUUGCUGUCUUUAAACAACAUAUUAAUCGUGUUAGAAGUGCAUUAGUACAUGUAGUUAAUGUGGUGAAAUUUAUUGAUUAUUGUUUUCAAUGGGAAAAUCCAUUGUUAAGCUUUUGCACUUUUAUUAUGUCAUUACUUAUUGUUUGGAAUUUUGAAUUGUAUAUGUUACCUUGUGCACUUUUAUUAAUAUUCGCAAGAAAUGCAGUUAUAGAAUAUCGUCGAGGAAUAUUAGGAAAACCAUUUGCAACAUUAGGAGAUGAAACAGUAUCUUCAGUAAUACAACCGUUAACUGUUGAUGAAGAUGCAUUAGAUACUGAUAUGAGCAGCAAAGAACAAAAGAGAUCUUUGAUGAGUGUUAUUCAUGGGAUUCAAGAUACUGUUCUUGAAAUUCAAGGUUACGUUGAUGAAGUUGCUUCUACUUUAGAACGUAUUAAAAAUGUUUUUAAUUUUACUGUACCUUGGCUAUCUAUAAUGGCUAUAAUUGUUCUUACUAUUGCUUCGAUAGUACUCUAUUAUAUUCCACUUCGAUAUUUAAUUCUUGCAUUCAUUAUAAAUAAAUUUACGAAAACAUUUCGUAAACCCAAAGGUUAUAUUGAUAAUAAUGAAUUAGCUGAUUUUAUUUCGCGUUUACCUUCUGAUCCUGAACUAUUACAAUAUCGAGAAAUGCCAGUUCUUUCUCGAAUUCCAACAAUUACAAAGAAGAAUAAACGUCUCACAACAACAUCUAACAAAUAA